GUGGCUGCGUUCACUAGAACUGCAGGGUGCCAAGAGAAUUACCCAGAGUUUUACUCCUAUUAUCUCUCUGAAAUUGUAAGAUCCUCAUUCUUUGCUUCAUUUAAACAAAACCUUGUCAGUGAUGAGGUAAGGUCUUCAUUCAAUUUAGAGCCUUUACACACAUACUUGAAAAGCAGUGUAAUUUAUGUUAAAAUCAAAAUGGUUUCAUUUGAGUAAAUUCAGAUUGCAAGGAGUAAUGAUAACACAGCCUUAAUAUAAUAUCAAUAACAUCAAAUUCUGAUUUUCUUUGUGGCAAAAAGCAAGCACAUCCAAGUCAUUUAAUGAAGUAUAUUUUUUCAUAUUAUUUGUAGGGGAUUUUAUACUAAAAUUUAGUAUGAAUUUAGCACAUUUAGUAUUAUUUAGUUACUAGGUAAUAAAUGAGUUCAUUAAUGCAUUUAUAGUUUCUGUUUACAUGGUAUGAAAUAUAUUAUUGCAACAUUAAGUGUAACAUUUUGGUCAAAUAAAAUGUAUUACAUGAAAUUACUUGUGCGUGGGUUCCUCACUGCUUUUUCACACUGAGAAGGGUUCCUUAGGUAUCUCAAGUUUGAAGACCACUGUCUUAGUGGUACUAUUUUCCCCAUACCCCUAAGAGCAAAUGUCCAUGAGUGAGAAGAGAAUGUGAGUGCCUUCUGGUGUGCACUUCUCUGUUAUCUCUGACUGCCACAUUUUCCUGGCCCACCCAAAACCAUUUGGUGUAUUGUUUGUCCAGGUGGCAGCCCAGCCUCUCGGUUAGCUUACACCAUAUACUGAAUGCUGCAUCACUCUCUCUGAACUCUGCAUAGCUCUGAAUAUGCGCAGUCAAGAUAACUGUUUAGUUCUUUAUCACUUUCCAUGCACUGAGCUCACACAGAAGAGACUUCUCACUUAACUCUUUUGCAUGGAAUCAAACUGGAGCAGGAAGCCUUGUUAAGGAGCUUUAACUGAAAUAGCCUGCCAUAUAAACAAGACUGACUGGGGUUGCCCAGUGGUUCAGAGAUGUGUUUGGUGUUUGCUGAGAGGUACCCUUCCACAAGUUCCAGGGCUGAGCCUUGGCCAGGAAACCUUUCGAGGCUGAAUCCUGAAGGCUGAGUCUAUGGAGGCUGUCAGUUGCCUGGAUUUGUGGUAAGAGAAAAUGAGCACUUACUUCCUUAUCAGGCUGUGUGGUUCUCUCGGUGUUCUAAGAAGCCAUCUCUGUGAUACUGCAUGUGCCCAUUGAAUUUGGACCAGGAUUAAAGAAUGGCUCAGGUUCUGCACAUGGAGACUGCUUUUCCAGGGAAGACCAAUCCCACCUCCGCUACAGCCUUCCAUGGGAAGGAACAAGACCUGCCCUAUUCAGUGGAGACUCCUUAUGGCUACCGCCUGGACCUAGACUUCCUCAAAUAUGUGGAUGACAUUGAGAAGGGCCACACCAUUAAGCGCAUUCCAGUCCACCGUCGUCCACGCUACAGCUCAUUGCCACGGGGCUAUGGCUAUACUGGCUCAUGGUGGACCUCCACCGAAUCUCUUUGCUCCAAUGCCAGCAUGGACAGUCGCCAUUCCUCCUAUUCCUAUUGUGGACGCAGCUUCUACCCACAGUACCCCAACACUAUACCAAGUAACUUCAAUGCCCGUGUGGAAAAGACAUUGAUGGAUGCCAGAAAGAAGUUAGAAGACCAGGCAGACUCAGGAGAUGGGGAAAGGUCCAGGGCAAUUGGCCUUGGAAGCCUCCAUAGCAGCAUAUCUGGCUCAACUAGCUCCUUGGUAGGAAGCCAGUGCCUCUCCCGUCAGACUUCUUACAAUGGCUCACAGCAAGGUGCUCCUGGACAAUUCACACCAGUUGGUUCUGGAUUGUCCACCCCAGUUUCACCAACCCCAGGGCACCUCCAGCAUGUCCGGGAGCAGAUGGCUGUGGCCUUGAAGAAGUUGCGCCAGUUAGAAGAGCAGGUUAAAAUGAUCCCUGUGCUUCAGGUGAAGAUUUCAGUGCUACAAGAAGAGAAGAGGCAGCUUAGUGUCCAGCUCAAAAGCCAGAAAUUUCUGGGGCAUCCAGGAGGUUUUGGCAAAGGAAAAUCUGGGGGGGAGCUCUAUAUAGACAUCCCGGAGGAGGGGGCAAGUGGAAACACCGAUGAGAGCAGUAUGAGGCUUGACACAGGGGGUAAGCUGGACAAGAAGGAAGUAAGGUCAGUGGGUGUAGGUAUAUCAGCUGAAGAUGAAGAGUUGAGUGGAGAGGUGGGGAGGUGUGAUAUAGGGGUGACAGUGAGGGAAGAAGAAUUGGGGUUGCCUUCCCCAGAGGAAGAGCGGCAGUGCCAAGCUAUUCAGGCCUUGUCCACCAAGAUUGCUCUGCUAGAGACUCAGCUGAAAAGGGCACUCCAGGAACUCCAGGCUGCUCACCAGAAACUGGAGCACCAGGGCACAGAGCAGGAGGACAAAGAAACCUCAACAGCGGAUGGUAGCCUGGCAGAAUGGGGAGUAGGAGAAGGUUCAGAACAGUGGGAUAAUGGGGCUCGUCAUGGGGACAUGGAUGCCCUCCUUUGGGUAAAUACAAUCAAAGUUGUCCAAGUGGAAAGGGAGCCGGAGGUUGUAGCCAGCACAGCCACAGGGGUGAGCCACAGGCCAUUGAGGGCACAAGCCCUGGAGAGCAAGGAGCCCUAUGCAGGCCUCAAAGCUUUGGCAAGCAAAGACUCAGGGUCUGAGGAAGAGAAGAUGCCACUCUGUACCACAUAUUGCAGCAAUGAGGUGGUAGAAACCACAUUUCCAGUCUACCCUGGCACAGCAACCACAUCUACCACCUUCCAUUCUGUGAAAAAGAUCAGCAUCAUUGGCACAGAGGAGAACGGGAAUGGAAAACAAGAGCCGCAUGUGUCAUUAGAGAAAGAGGAGCACUCUGCUCCUGACUCCCUCCAAGUGAAGCAAAUGGCUCCCUGCCUGUCCCAGGAGCCUGGACCAGCUGUUCCAAGUGAGGGAGAAGACCAAGCUUCAUUCACAACAGGGAUGCGAUCCAUCAUGAAGAAGAAGGAGGAGCCUGCAGAGAACCUGGCCAGCAAAAAGAGCCUGCAGUUUGUGGGCAUCAAUGGCGGGUAUGAGUCCACUUCCUCUGAGGACUCCAGCACUGCUGAGAAUGUUUCGGACAAUGAGAGCACUGAGAGUGAAUACCAUGAGGCGAGUGAAGGCCUCCCUGCAGCACAGGCAUCAGUAGCCGAGCCUUCAAAGCCUUCUGAAAUAGCUGCAUCUCAAUCUGCAGUACUUGCUGAGGGGGAGAAAAUACCAGCUGCAGAAGGGCCCAGCAAGGAAGCAGCAGGCGAAACUGGGCCAGAACUCAGCAAGGAGCUGCUUUCUGCCUGUGACAUCCUUCAGAAAUACCUAGAAAUUCCCAGUGCACAGAUGGAUGAAGAAAUGAAACUGGCUUACACCACAGUGCUUCACUAUUGGCUCAGGCUUUCCUGCCACAAAGAAGCAGAUCCUGAAUUGGUCGCUCUGCACUUAGCCGCUUUCCGGGCUAUUUCCCCACAACUGCUGGAGUUCGUAAUCAAUAUGGCUGACGCCAAUGGGAACACAGCCCUUCAUUACACUGUCUCACAUUCCAAUUUUCCUGUGGUCACAAAGCUUCUUGAAACAGGUUUAUGCCAUGUGGACCAACAGAACAAAGCUGGUUACACAGCCAUCAUGCUGACGGCACUGGCUGCCUCCCGCUCGGAGAGUGAUAUGGAGACCAUUGAGCAGCUGCUGAAAAGUGGCAAUGUCAAUGCCAAAGCCAGCCAGGCUGGACAGACUGCGCUGAUGUUGGCUGUCAGCCAUGGGCGUCUCGAUAUGGUGCGCACCUUGCUAGCUAAUGCAGCGGAUGUCAACCUGCAAGACGACGAUGGCUCCACUGCCUUGAUGUGUGCUUGUGAGCACGGCCAUGCUGAGAUUGUCCGCCUGCUGUUGGCCACACCUGGCUGUGAUGUUGCCCUCUCUGACAAUGAUGGCAGCACAGCUCUCUCCAUUGCACUAGAAGCGGGCCAGAAUGAUAUUGCCAUCAUGCUGUACACACAGCUGAACUUUGCCAAAUCCACGUCUCCAGGGACUCCAAAACAACUGAAGUCCGAGACUGCCACAGUGAUGUCCGGUGAUACUCAGUAACUCAAGACAGGAGGCAACACUUCUUUCUAGCCCCAGAGGCUUUCUCAUUCCACUUCGAAAAGUACUCGAGAGCUUACUGAGGGCCAGGGAAGAAGAACAUCUAAAGAUGCAUAUUUCAAGCAUGUGUAUAUCUCAAAAAAUACUGCCUGUUCUGAAUUUCUCUUGCCCCCUCCAUCAGCUGGAAUCUUUCCCAUCUGCCCCACUACCCAAAGUGGCUGGGCGUCUUGCAGUAGAAGGUCCAAGAAUGGGCUUUGGGCAGCUGGUUUAGAAGAGCUGCCAUGUAGCCAUUGAAGUUUGCUUGGCCAUGUGAGCUUGUCACCACCAUUUGUCUGCUUCAGGACCAUGAGACUCUGCAAGACAUAAAAUGAAGGCAGAACUCUGACCAGUGGCAGUGCAGUGAGAAACCACUUGGGCAGAUCGUUUUUGGGUGCCUCUAGGUAUAGGCCUCCUAGUGCUCUGAAUCAGAAGGCCUUGUGACUCCUGCAUUUCCUGGGUCAGGACAUUUCCUGCAUAAAGUGAUUUCCUGCAUUAAGAAAAAAGAUGGAAGAACCCAUUGGGAAAAAACAUAGGAGGGUUACAAGUUGAAGAUUGUGUCAUCUGGACCCAUGUAUCCCAUAAAAUUCCAUGAGUGAAGCAAGGCUAUGAUGCGAUAAAAGCAUCACCUGGAAGCAUGCUUUGUCUUAAGCUCCUCCUCCCAUUGUAAAUGGGGCUUAAUGUAUUUUUAAAGGGUCAGUGAAGGAAUGUCUUUCUAAAGCAACUCCAUACAGAACAGAUGCUCCAUUUUUGUUCUUGUUUGAAAGACAAGACAGAAAAUUCCUGUUCCAGCAUAAAUUUAAUUGAACUACUUUUUGGAAGCCACAUUAGUGCCCUACCCUGUGUGAAACUAUUUCUUUAUCUGAGGAGGGUUUUAAAGGGGUUUCCUUUCUGUUUUUUAAAGGUCAUGAAAUACUUUGGUACUGCAAGAUAACUAACAUGAAUAUGUUAGACAAAGUUUAAAUGCAUUGCAUUUUACCAUUUUGGCAAAAAGUGAAUUCUCACUGCAUUUUGUAAAUUCAUUAAGGAUUAUAUUCCCUGCUUCCCAGAGUUAUAACCGUGGCAUAGGCCACAGGCUCUUUCUUUUUCUUUUUGCACAAGGAGAGAUUGUGCAAGCGUGUUUUUGCACUCUUGUGCUGCUCUUAUUUAAACAGAUUGCACAGGAGAGAUUAUCCUAGUAAAUUAUGCCCUUGCCUGGAAUACAAAUCAGAUUCCCUUGUCAGCUGCUCUGUAUAAUCUGACUUUUCAUGUGGGGCAGCUGAGAUCUCAGGAUAAUACAUAAUUGACAAAGUGUGCCUAAAUAUUGAAAUAACAUAGUACAAACAGAACAAAUCUAUCAAAUUUCUUCUUUUUAUGAAAAGCCACCAAAUUUAUUCAUGGAUGCUCUUUGAAGAAAAUUGAUACACCAGUUGCUUUUUGAGUUGAAAACUCUCCUAAUUGAAUUAUUUGUGUUUUAAAUGCCCACAUUUACUUUGGUCUCCUCUAGCAAGCAAUGACCAGAAGCUAUGGGAAAUAUAGGGUUGGAUCCAGGAUCUGUUUUUCAUUGACAAAAGGGCUCUACUCUCAGGAAGUACAUCUGCAUGCAUUUUUAGGAAAGCCUACCCCUCGGCUCAUCCCAUUCAGUAUGGUACCCCCAUCCUCUGUGCAGAAAGUACAGGAAGCUGGCAAGCAGGGGAGUGUAGAGAAGUCCGCUACUGCCAGCCAAGUGGCGCCUGCCUAAAUUUGGAUCCAAUCCGUGCUAAGGUUUUUGAAAACUGCCAAUAAUUUGAAAUAAUGAAAGGGCACAGCCCAUUUUAUAUAAAUAUAUAUUAAUAUACACCAAGAAAAUGACUAUAUAAAUUAUUUUAGUGCACAUUGUUUAGGGGUUUAGAGAAGACAACUUCCAAAAUGUGGAGAAGUGGCUGGGUGGGUGAAGGACUGCUGUCUUAGCUCUGACUCUACUGGCUGGUAAUUUUGCACAAUUUAUGUACUGCCUUGUAUAAAAGCCGUUGGAAUCUAUCUGGGCUUACAAAAAUAAAAAUUUGGAGCUGACCAGCUCUUGCAGAGUUUUGAACACAGAGGCAGUACAGCUUUCUAUUCCCAACAGCCAUUUUCUGCUGCUGCUUCAAAAGCAGGCAUUCUAAAAUGGGCAAAAGAAGACUUUAAAAACUGCACAUCUGGAGGUGUGCAUUUGAAAUACUGCCUCACGUACAUGUAAUCGCUUUUAGGAUUGCUAUAUGGUAUUUCUACACAUUUAAAUGAAGUUUUUGUCAUUUAUAUUCAUAAACAAAAAUAAAAUUAACAGAUAAUGACUGUA